AUGGCGACCUCGCGUGACGCCCCGAAUCCGCUGCGGCCCUACUACAUCCCGCCGUCGAUCGGCCUGCCGCCAGACCUGCCGCAGAAUAAUUCAUCCUCGCCCGCCGGGCCGUCGUACACUUCGCGCACCCCCAAACCGAGCUUUGGCAGCCAGGCCCGCGAUAUCCUGUCUGAUCUCGACUACGACUCGUACUUCGCUGAUAGCUCCCCAAGCGUGGCGGACCACGCGAAGAAGCUGCUAGAUCAGGCGCUAUGGAACUACACGUCGGUGCUGUUGGCUCAACCCUUUGAGGUCGCGAAGACGCUGCUGCAAAUCCAUCAGGCCCAAGGACAGGCGCCGCCUGGCUUACAAUUGAAUGGAGAUGAGAUCAAGAGCCGGCCAAAUUCCUUCGCUAGUGGAAAAUUUGAGGAUUACCCUUCGGACGAGUCGGAUGAAGACUCACCGGGCUACUUCACGAGCACGGCGCCCUCGAUACACAGCCCGACCUAUGGGCGCGGUGCCUCACGGUCCAGAAGUCCGCAGAAGAGACGGCAUCCAAGAAGCCGGUCACGAGACACCACGCCUACACGCGCAACCCCGAUUGCACCGCGAAAGCUGGAGCUCAGGAAAGCAGACUCGCUUCUCGAAGUGAUAGCACAACUCUGGCAGAAAGAGUCAGCAUGGGGCGUGUGGAAAGGCACAAACGUCACUUUCAUAUACAACUUCCUACUCAAGACGACCGAAAGCUGGACGCGCAGCAUGCUCUCUGCGCUCCUCAACCUGCCAGACCCCGGCCUCAUGGGCACCAGCGCAAGCGGCAUCGGCGGCCUCGACAUCAUAGACAGCCCGUCACCUCUGACGUCUCUCGGUGUAGCCGUAGCGGCUACCGCCAUUGCGGCGACCCUCCUCGCCCCGCUCGACCUCAUCCGCACCCGCCUCAUCGUCACGCCCACCUCCGCCCCACCACGCACCAUCUACCCCUCGCUCUCCCUCCUCCCCAGCUUCACCAUCCCCUCAAACCUCCUCCCCGCCACCAUCCUCCACGCCACAGUUCCCACCCUCGUCUCUUCAUCCACCCCCUCUUCCUCCGCACAUUCCUCUCCGUUGACCCCAUCGUAA